AUGAGACUUAUUAUUGUUGUUGUUGCGGUUGCGGCUUUGUUGACAGAAAAUCUAGCGCUUCCAGUGGGAAAAGAAGAACAGAGAGAAGAUGUGGUAACACGAUGCUUGGUUGAGGUCCUGUCCAAAGCUCUCUCAAAACCGGACUCCCAGCUGGAUCAGGAAUGUAAAGACAUCCUCCAAACAGGGAUUAAACACACGCCACUGGACAAGAAGAGUGCAGAGGGUGUAGUAACUCAUGGAGAGGUUAUCAAAGGUCACCCUGAGGAGCCUGAGGCAAAGGGAGCAGAUCUGAAAGACAUCGAGGCUCUCCUGAAAUCUGUGGAGGAAACAAGAGAAAACCCCGAAGACGAGCGCAGCCAAGAAUCCUGGAGUCUGGGUGAUGAGAAGGAGAAGAGACACGAGAACCAAGACGAAGAAGAGCGGGAGAAGAGGAGCAACUGGAGGUCUGGAAGAUUCCACCAAAGGAAACACAAACGGGGAGAAGAAGAAGACUACGAGCGCAGUCAGGAGAGCUGGGGGGUAGCGGAAAAGCGAUCAGAAGAUGAAGAAGGUGAAGACAGAGAGAAGAGGAGUUGGAGGCCUGGAAGAUACCACCAAAGAAAACACAAACGAGAUGAGGAACCUUUAGGAGAGAGGGAGGAGCCAGAGGAAGAUCGCAGCCAAGAGUACUGGGAUGUAGACAAAAGGCAUGGGAACGAGGAUGAGAGAAACAAGCGCAUAUGGAAGCCCACACAUCGUUACCACCACAAGAGAAAGCUCCACAAACGUAGCGACGAACCGUCAGAGGACGAUGAAGAUGACGAACGCAGCCAGGAAUCAUGGGGUCUUGACGAUGAGAGAGACAAGAGGGACUGGAGGGCCGGCAGGUACCACCAGAGGAGACACAAACGUGAUGAGGAGCUCUCAGAAGAGGCCAGGGAUGAGCCUGAUGAAGAACGCAGCCAAGAAUCAUGGGGUCUUAAUGAUGAGAGGGACAAGAGGGACUGGAGGGCCGGCAGGUACCACCAGAGGAGACACAAACGUGAUGAGGAGCUCUCAGAAGAGGCCAGGGAUGAGCCUGAUGAAGAACGCAGCCAAGAAUCAUGGGGUCUUAAUGAUGAGAGGGACAAGAGGGACUGGAGGGCCGGCAGGUACCACCAGAGGAGACACAAACGUGAUGAGGAGCUCUCAGAAGAGGCCAGGGAUGAGCCUGAUGAAGAACGCAGCCAAGAAUCAUGGGGUCUUAAUGAUGAGAGGGACAAGAGGGACUGGAGGGCCGGCAGGUACCACCAGAGGAGACACAAACGUGAUGAGGAGCUCUCAGAAGAGGCCAGGGAUGAGCCUGAUGAAGAACGCAGCCAAGAAUCAUGGGGUCUUAAUGAUGAGAGGGACAAGAGGGACUGGAGGGCCGGCAGGUACCACCAGAGGAGACACAAACGUGAUGAGGAGCUCUCAGAAGAGGCCAGGGAUGAGCCUGAUGAAGAACGCAGCCAAGAAUCAUGGGGUCUUAAUGAUGAGAGGGACAAGAGGGACUGGAGGGCCGGCAGGUACCACCAGAGGAGACACAAACGUGAUGAGGAGCUCUCAGAAGAGGCCAGGGAAGAGCCUGAUGAAGAACGCAGCCAGGAGGACUGGGGCUUUGACAACGGGCAUGGGAAUGAGGAUGAGAGAAACAAGCGCAUAUGGAAGCCCACACAUCGCUACCACCACAAGAUAAAGCUCCACAAACGUGGCAAUGAACCAUCAGAGGACGACGAAGAUGACGAACGCAGCCAGGAAUCAUGGGGUCUUGAUGAUGAGAGAGACAAGAGGGACUGGAGGGCCGGCAGGUACCACCAGAGGAGACACAAACGUGAUGAGGAGCUUUCAGAGGAGGAGAGAGAAGUGCCAGACGAGGAACGCAGCCAGGAGGACUGGGGCUUUGACAAAAGAAAUGGAAAAGAGGAGGGAGAAAUAGAAAAGAGUGUAUGGAAACCAUCACAUCGAAACCACCAUGAAAAGAAAUAUCACAAGCGUGGCGGAGGCUCAUCAGAAGAAGAGGAAGAACAGAGGGGUGAUUCAGAGGAAUAUGAGGGGGCGGCAAAGGACAGGGACGAAGCAUUGAGGUACCUGGCAGAGAAGCGCAAUCCCUGGAUUUUCAGAGGCUUCUACCAUCCUGCAUGGUAUAAAAGGGAUUCAGAUGAGCACGCUGCAACCUCAAACAAGAUGGAUGAACUAGCCAAGAUGCUGAGCUAUAAGAUAAACCAGCUGGCCAAGCACUCUAAUCAUGAGGAGGCGAAGAGAAGCAUGCACCAGAGAGCACUUACCCCACAGGAGGAGAAAGAGCUGGAAAACCUCGCAGCGAUGGACACUGAGUUGCAGAAAAUUGCCGCCAAUUUGCAUGACAACAGUGCAUAA